CAGACUUGACUGUCGUGGUCUUCUGCGGGGAGAAUACCGCCAGCGACUAGAUACAUAUACCGCAAGCAACGGCGAGAUGUCGAGCAAGACCUGGUUCCUGCCCCCCGAUUUCACCUUCCUUCCCGACGGCGCCAUCGCCCUUGGACGGCUGAUUCCCGAUCCCAGACGGCCGACCGAAACGCUCGCCUCCCUCGGGCCCCAAUCGGAGCACCCAACCAUUGCCAUCCCAGAGGCCAAGUCGCUCGUCGAAAGGGGCCGCGUCUUUUCCGCCGAUAAGAAGCGAUCCUUCGGCUUCGAGCUGCUGGCCAAAUUCCUCGAGCUGGCCUCGGGCAGCGGCAAAACAGACAUGUCGUGGUCGCGAAACAAAAGCUUCAGCGCUGUCGACCACGAAGUACGCACUCUCGACGGCGUCUUCGCGCCCGAGACGCUGCGCGCCAUCACACGCCUGGACGAGGUCAAACGGCACAUGGACAGCGGGCGGUUCGGGAAGCGAUGGGUGUACGUCAUCACCGGGCUCCGCGUGGCGGUGGACUCGUUCACCGUCACAGACGAAAAACACUUCAAGGCGUCAGGGUCGGCGGCCGGGUCCAGCUCGGUGCCGGCAGGUAGGGCUCCGCUAGGGCUGAGAGGGGAGCUGUCCGGGGCCAGAGAGGACGCGAGCAACCGGUCGUAUCAGACGGCACCCGGGAUCGUCUUUGCGUACCGUCUGCACGUUAUCCGACCGAAAGGGGAUGGCGACGCCGAGGGGGGCGUAUUUUCCGACAGAGUCGCCUUCCUUACCGGGGGAGCAGGGGAUAGUGAUGGCGACGAAGAUGAAGAGAUGGAACUCGUGGCCGUAGACGCCGAGAUGGCCAGAAACGACUUGGACAUGGACCCGGACACGCUCGGCGAGGAACAGAAGUUCGAAGAGGGGGAUGAAGAAUCUUAUGUUGCGAUGAACUAGGCUAGAGGCCACCCUCUUGCAAACACGUAAGUGCCGCUGGUAGGUAACGUGGUUGGGUAUUGGAUACAUAACAGUCAGAAGUUCAACCCUGGCCCACACCCCAAUCCCUCGUUGCCAAAAUCGAGUGCUUGCC